AUGGGCAUCGCCGAGUCUACGCCGGACGAGCUGCCGUCGGACGCCGAGGAGCAACUGCGCAACGGCGAGCAGCAGCUGGAGCUGAGCGGAAGGCGGCUGCGGCGGCUGCCCAGCGCCGUGUGCGCGCUGAGCCGCCUGCAGAAGCUGUACGUGAGCGGCACGGGGCUGCGCGAGCUGCCGGAGGAGAUCGAGGAGCUGCGCGAGCUGCGCAUCCUGGCGCUUGACUUCAACAAACUCGAGCGCCUGCCCGACGGUCUCUGUCGCCUGCCGCGCCUCACGCGCCUCUACCUGGGAAGCAACCGGCUGCUGGCGCUGCCCGCCGACUUCGCGCAGCUUCAGAGCCUGCGCUGCCUCUGGAUCGAGGGCAACUUCCUGCGGCGCUUCCCGCGGCCGUUGUUGCGCCUGGUGGCGCUGCAGUCGCUGCAGAUGGGCGACAACCGGUUGCGCGCGCUGCCCGCGGAGCUGCCGCGCAUGACGGGCCUGCGCGGCCUCUGGCUCUACGGCAACCGCUUCGAGGAAUUCCCGCCCGCGUUGCUGCGCAUGGGCCGCCUGCACAUCCUCGACCUAGACCGCAACCGCCUGGGCGGCUUCCCAGACCUGCACCCGCUGCGCGCCCUGCGCGUCUUCUCCUACGACCACAACCCGGUCACUGGCCCCCCACGCGUGGCCGACACGGUCUUCCUUGUGGGCGAGGGCGCCGUCGAGCGCAUGGCUGAGCGCGACGAGCCCACGCCCCGGCCGCCGCCCCGGCGCCCAGCGCGGGCCUUUGAGGAUGAGGAGGAAGAAGAUCUGCUCAUAGGGGGCGGUAGCUCCCGGGCUCUCGGGGCCCCCGGAGACAGCCUCCGCGCCCUAGAAGCAGCUCCAGGACUGGGCACCUGAGCCUGUGCUUCGGCUAGUCUGGGAGGAGGGGUUCCGGGAAGGUUCAUGGGAACGGUGGGUCCCUACUUGGGGGCAGAGGAGGGGUCAGUUUGGGUACACGGAUAGGGACAGGCAGGCCUGGGUGCCAUCUUCAGACAUUCCAGGGUGAUGAGAAAACUGCCUCGCGGCUGGUCCCUGGGCGGUAGUCAGGCCAAGAAGUCCCAGCUCCCUCCAUCCAUCGCUCAGUCUGGCCCCUGAUAAAGAGUCACUGACAACACAAUAAAAGCACCAGCUUCUUCCUGGAACCAGGGUCACCACUGACCACGGAAUCAUCUCCUCGGCUGAGUCUGGAUGCCCAGGGCCCCCACCUCCGAAGGAGUUUGGAUCUUCUAGGUCUGCCCUUUCUGGCGCAGGAGCUGCUACCUCUGGGGUGGACCACCCGCCUGCAUGAGGCAGAAGUUCGAACAGAAGAAGGCCUGGCCCAGGGGCUUGGAGCUGGAGCCUGUGCCCAGGACAGACAGGUGUGGGAGCUGGGGGAUGGGGAUGAAACACCACAGCUGCCCUUGCCCCUCCACCGGGGCUCAUGGUACAUACCUCCCUCU